CACACAACGACGCCCCCCCCCGCUCUUGCUUAUUGUACAAUACUGUAUUGAGUACGCUGCAUACUAUGCACGAGUUAUUGGUUGGCCGUCUCAGCACCAUCUUUCAAUCACGAUGCAAUGCAACGCAGGAUACAACCCUCGCAACCGUCCCGUCCUGAUCCUUCGGACCGGUCUGGCUUUAAAGCGAUAAGAACAAAUCAAUUGCUGGAGGGGCUGAAAGGACAAGGAAGUUGGGGAAGGCGGGGACGGGAGGAGUCGCAGGUCGUCGUACAGCUAUCUUCUGGCCUCUUCAGCCGGUCGCAAUCCAUUUCGACCAGAGAUGGAAAGUGGUCAUGAGAGGCCGUGACAACUACUAUGCGUAUGACACUGGACCUCCCGGUUUGAUCUGCAAGCCUUACCCGACAAGGCCUCAGGUUGUCUGUUUCCAACUUAUAUAUUACUACCCGUAUAGGACUUGCUCUAGUAGUUCUCUGUUGUUGGAUCUUCCGACAUCGCAGGUAUCGCACCGACACCAUGGUCAGGGUAGAUCUAGGCCCUUCUUCAGGCUAUGGAUCUUAAGUCCCAUCCAACCUCAUCCUCAUCCUCUACUAGUCGUUCUUUACUGUCUUCCACCCGAAGUUGGCUCCCUGGAGGAGGCGAAAACCAGAAAGCGGAGGACACGAUAGGUCCUUUGGGACUGAACACCCUAUAUGUACCGUCAUCUAUCCCCGCGAACGCCGAUCUGAUUUUCGUACACGGACUUGGUGGAGGGUCACGGAAGACAUGGACGAAACCAAAUGACCCGUCAACUUACUGGCCCAAAGAGUGGCUGCCAAAUGACCAAGAUAUGCAAGAUGUCCGAAUACAUAGUUUUGGAUAUGACUCCAAUUGGGGCAAGAAGAGCAACCUGGGGAUCCAUGACUUUGCAAGUGCGUUGCUCAGUUCCAUUCUCCACUGCCCAUCCAUCCCCCAAGAUACAAAGGCUCCUAUUGUGUUCGUUGGCCAUAGUAUGGGGGGCCUGGUCAUAAAACGUGCAUAUCUCCUAGCUAGAGCAAAGAACGAGUUUGCAUCACUAGUAUCUCGCAUUCAGGGUAUACUAUUCCUAGCGACACCCCAUAGAGGAGCCGAUUGUGCCCAGCUCCUCUCAAAAGUUCUCAAUUUGAUGGGCGGAAAAAGAGGUUAUGUCAACGACCUGAAUCGCGAUUCUACGGCCCUCCAUUCCAUCAAUGAUGAGUUUCCCGACUGCUGCCAAGAUCUCCUCCUGUAUUCGUUUUACGAGACUAUUGCGACGAGCUUCGCUGUCACAAAGAGCGUUAUUGUGGGGAGAGAUCUGGCAACAAUGGGAUACGCAAACGAACGCAGAGCAUACAUUCAUGCUAAUCAUCGCGGAAUUUGCAAGUACGAUUCCCAGAAAGAUCCCGGCUAUCUCACAGUCAGAAAUGCACUCGCUUCAGUUCUUUCUAUCUUGCGGGACCGUUUUGGAUCAUCAAAAGAAGAAUUUGACACCGAUAGGCGCCAGCUCGACGAUUUAUUGGGCGUAUCCGACGCUCCUGAGGAUGAUUUUAUCAGCGCAGACAGUCAUCGCAUGGAAGGUUCAGUCGAGUGGUUGAUCAUGAAAGAAAACUUUCAAGAAUGGAUCCACAAUGCUAUCUCGCCGAUUUAUUCCAUUACUGCCAAACCGGCUACAGGUAAAACAAUAUUAAGUGGAAAGGUUAUUGCAUAUCUGAGGAAACUCAAAAAGCAAUGCAGCUUCUACUUCUUCCGGUAUGACACAAAAGAGAAGGCCAAUGUCACGUCAUUUCUACUGUCUAUGGCGUGGCAGAUGGCUAACUCUGACAAGAGGAUAUUGACCACCUGUCUCAAUAUCCUCGAGAAAGAUAAAAAUUUAAAGAGUGACUACCGCACUAUAUGGCGCAAGUUGUUUCUAGAGGGCAUUUUCAAGAUCCUCUGCGAAGAAGUUCACUACUGGGUGAUUGAUGCCUUGGAUGAAUCCAACAACGAAGCAGAAAUUAUCUCCCUGCUCAUUAAAACGGCCGAGGUAUCUUUCAUACAUAUCCUGAUAACGUCACGGAAUCGAUUUGAGCCUCGUCAAAGUUUAGGGGAGUCUAAAGUCAGUGUGAUCUCGGAACCAAUUCUAGAGGAGGACAGCAAGUCUGACAUAACGAUGUAUCUCCGUGCGAAUAUGGAUGCUCUCCCUUCCGUCGAUAGAGACGGCCAGCAAUCAAUUGUCCGCCAGAUCCUGGAGAAGUCGAGGGGAUGCUUUUUAUGGGUAAGCAUAGUUGUUCAGGAACUCAGAAAUAUACACACCUCUACGGACAAGCAAAGAAUUCUAGACGAGGUUCCUACAGACAUGAAUGAGUUGUAUGCUCGGAUUUUGGAUAUCAUGUCAAAAGCCACCUACGGGAAAGAGCUUGCGAAAGCUAUUAUUACAUGGACGGUGUGCUCUAUCCGUCCUUUAAAAGUUCCGGAGCUUCAUGAAGCUCUUCAACUAGACCUCAAAGUGACAAUCGACGACCUCGAAAAUUCGAUACGGUCCUGCUGUGGGCAACUAGUCUACAUUGAUACAAACGGCCAUGUACAAAUAACUCAUUUGACUGCUCGGCAAUUCCUUCUCGACGCCGGCACAGAUUCAGAGUUCUCGGUCAAUGAGAAAGAAGGUCAUCGACGCCUAUUGUUGACAGGUUUACAGUUCCUCAAUAGAGACCCAAUAAAAGGCUUAAGGAACCGGAGAUCCAAUAUCAGUACGAUAGCUAGAGAAGAUUCCGCCUUCAUCAAUUACGCUUCAAAUUCUUUGUGCGAACACAUAUCACACGCAAGUUCGACAGAUCGAGACGUACUACUCGCGGUGGCAGCGUUUUUUAAGUCCCGUAGCGUGCUACAUUGGAUUGAAUACAUUGCGAAGCAUUCUGAUCAACAGCGCUUGGUAGAAGCUGGGAAGGCUCUAGGCACAUUUCUCCAAGAAAUUCCCGUACAGGCAUCAUCAACAUCUGCGGAGGUGGCAUUGCUAAGCUCGUGGGCGACUGAUUUAGUGCGCUUAGUUAUGCAGUUUGGAAAAAAUCUGGAACAGUACCCUGGAUCCAUUUACCAUCUCAUCCCGCCAUUUUGCCCGUCCGAGACUGCUCUGCGGAAGCAGUUCGGAUCAUCAGCUCGAAGCAUCACCGUUCGCGGACUACGAGCCGAGACUUGGGAUGAUUGCUUAGCAACGGUCAUCGAUAUGCUUGAAAAAUACUCAAGCAUAGCAUGUUCAAAGUCACAAUUCUCAGUCGGAUGUUUUAGUGGUAAAAUAUUUAUCUUCAAACAAACUACUUGUCAAAAGAUUGCGACUCUUCAACAUGGUGAGCCUGUGAGGAUCUUGAUCUUCGGCGAGGUGAAGAACAUUCUCGUUUCAGCAGGCUCAAAAUCUAUUUGUGUUUGGGAUCUUAGCUCGAACACUAAACUGCACAUGUUUGAAGCACCUCAGCAAUGUAUGGCGCUUUCUCUUGACGAUGAAGAUCGACUUCUUCUUGGAGCUUUAAAGGACCACCGCUUGAAUUUCUGGGACUUAGAUGCAGGGGGGCCAUCAGUGCCGGUUGAAUGGACCCGAGGCCUAGAAGCUAUGACAAUUCAAGUUUAUCGGCGUCCAACUACUGCCGCGUUUGGGAUAGACUGUGGGUUAUUGGCAGUCAUAUACAAAGGCCAAGAUAUAUUGUUAUGGAACCUCGAUACUGAUUCGUUCGAAGCUCUCUAUAGUAGGGAGUCCGGCAAAAUUGCUGAAAGCUUGGGAAGACCAUAUGGCUCAUCGGGAGUACGGUGUCUGGUUUUCGGCAACGCAUCUAAUGCAAACCUACUAGCAUGUGCAUAUACAGAUGGUGAACUGGUACUCUUUGAUACCUCCAUUGGAGAGGUCAAAGAGCGGAUUGUGGCAUUUGCUCACGUACUCGCUUGUUCGCCUGAUGGCCGUAUGCUAGCUACAGCUGAUCCAGCGGGAACUAUUCAGCUUUUCAGCUUAGAAACACUGCAGUUGAUUUAUCGAAUUGGUUCAGUUGAGCCUGGACUCCAGGAUCUCACUUUCAGCCUUGAUGGCCUACGUCUGCUUGACAUCAGAGGAUCGCGGUGCCGGGUUUGGGACCUGGCUGAUCUGGUAACAGCAGCUACGGACGAAUCUGGAUGCGCCGCAGAUGACGCCAAUACCACAGGAGGGGUCACUCCAGACCCUUCUGAAAAUUCCAUCUUAAUCACAUCAAUAGCAUGUGAUGAUAUUGGAGAAUCAUUCUUUGUCGGUAAAGAAGACGGCUCUGUUCACGCGUACGCUAUUGGCUCAGGCCUACAUACUGGAGAACUUUUUCACCAUGCCCAUGGGGUUUCAAUUUAUUUUCUUCGCUUUGAAGCCGAAAGUCAGACGCUCAUUAGCGUUGAUUCAUCCAGCAGGACCAUGAUUCAUAAAUUGAUACGCCGAGGUCAUUCUCUGUCGGCAACCCAGGUCCUAUUUGACUAUCGAACGCAUGUAGCAGUGAGACAAGUCGUUUGCCAGCCAGGAUUACAACGGAUUCUUAUAAGUUCGGCUCAGUCUGAUAUGCUCUGGUCCAUAUCACCAGAUGACAAUAACAUUUUGGCCACCGCCGAUUAUGAAGACCGUGAGCCGUGUCGAUGGACGAACCAUCCACAUAAUCGCGAUCAACUUAUUGUCAUAACGCACCUCAAAGCACAUAUCUACGAUUGGAGAACAUUACAGAGACUCACAGUUGAAGCGGGAAUUGAACUCCAAGGAAAGAUUCUACCGGAGCUCUCAAUACAAUCAGUGAGUCCUUGCUUUGAUGGGACGGCUCUAGCAACUAUGUUUAGCAAACCCAACCAGCCCCAUUCAAAAUCGAAACUCAUAGUCUGGAAUAUAUUGGACUUCACUCCUGAGUCGACUUCUGCGACCCCAGACCCAAGUUAUCGCACAUUAUCUAACAACGUUGAAGUACUCAUCGGCAACACCUGCGCCAUAUCUGGUCAAUCGCAGCGCUUGAUUUUCCUAGGUGUUGGCCAAUGGGUCUGCGCUGUUGACAUGGAGGCGGCUAAGACAAAUAGUUUCGUGCGGCACUUUUUCUUCCCUGCGGACUGGCUGACUACGAGGAAGGAUUUGGAUUUAACUAUGAAGGUAACAAAGAACGGAGACCUAUUGCUCAUAAAAGAUGAUGAGGUUGCGGUUGUGAGGAGGGGACUACUUACGCCCGAAUUCGUGGAGGGUGGUGGAAAUACGGGGAGUUCGACGCCAUCGACAGGAAUAUCAGCACUUACGCGUAGGGUUCGCAGGGUUGGACUCUAAUGAGGUUUGCAGUACCAUAUCGUGCAAAAAACCUUAUUAGAGUCCACUCCCGGUUCAUGCAAGCUUUGGUUCGUCGGUUCAGGGUCAACUUCACUAUCGAGAUAUAGGAGAGAAAAUUUGGAGGUAUAAGUUUAGUUAGAGGUGCUGAAGUUGGAUAUUUUGAAUCGUCGCGGCGAUUGUCUAGGACUGGUGGGAUGUUGGUGCUAGUGUUAGGUCGAGUUAGAGUCUCUAUGAAGGAUAUAACUUAUGGAUAUGAUGUGAAGUAAUUAGCAAGGCUUGGAGUUUUAAACUUCGGGUUUGAGAGGAAUUGAGGGGAUUUGAGGUGAC